ACUCCGGCGACCGCCGCAAGAUGCAGAUCUUCGUGAAGACGCUGUCGGGGAAGACGAUCACGCUCGAGGUCGACAGCACCGACUCCAUCGCCGCCCUCAAGGCCAAGAUCAAGGACAAGGAAGGUGUGCCUGAGGACCAGCAGCGCCUCAUCUUCGCCGGGAAGCAGCUGGAGGAUGGCCGCACGCUCGCCGACUACAACAUCCACAAGGAGUCCACGCUCCACCUGGUGCUCCGCCUCAUCGGCGGCAAGGGCGGCAAGGGCGGGAGCUACCCCAAGAUCGAUCCCAACCUCCUGCAGCUCGCCCUGAAGUACCGGCAGCACAAGCUGGUGUGCCGCGUGUGCUACGCUCGCCUUCCCCUCCGAUCCUCCAACUGCCGCAAGAAGAAGUGUGGCCACUGCAACGAGACCAGGAUCAAGAAGAAGCUCAAGCUGAGGGAGUCGUACUGAUGCACUGGCCGGCAAGCGAAAGCGAUGACCCAAAUCACCACCUGCCUCCUUAGCCUCCUAAUACCGUUGUAGUUUACUAGUAGAGCUUAAGCUUUGUCCUGGCUACCUGUUAAGCAGCUCCUGCUGGGUUCUAACACCCUAAGUACUCUUGCUGAAUGCUUCUGCUAUGUUGCUCCUGUUGCAUGGGUUUUAAGUACUACUGGUGGUGAUGCAUGGCACCUGGGUGCAUGCUUAUGAGAUGCUAGUUAGAAGUUCCUGUUUCCUUGUGAAUACAUGUGGGUU